AUGAGUUACCCGAUGUCCCAUCCGCGUCACAUCGGCCAAAAUAAUUUUGGAAACAAUACCAUCAUCAACCAAGGUGACAUCCAUUAUAAUCUGACACACGGUUCUCUAUCACCCGGCCUUGAUAGACCGACCCAUGUUAUUCCAUAUCCCCGUAACGAGGAUGUGAUCUACCGCCGAGACUUGGUAAAUCGACUGAAUCAACUUCUGCCACGGGGAUCGAAGUUCCACAGUGCUGCUCUUUGGGGACUAGGAGGAUCGGGAAAAACUCAGAUCGCCCUUGACUAUGCGUACGGACGAAGCGAAGACGAUAAAUGCAGUAUAUUCUGGGUGCAUGCAGACAGCAAAGCGACGUUUAUACACGAUUAUAAGACAAUUGCAAACAAAAUUGGCAUUGACCAAACUACCGCUGCCGAUGGGAAUGACCUGCUUAGAUCUGUACGUAACGGUAUCGAGGCACGCCCAUCAUGGGUACUUAUCCUCGAUAAUGUUGAUAAUCUCGAAUUAUUUGGCGUUGGGCUAUCGACCGAUGAAGCUGCAAACAGCCUAUACGAAUAUAUCCCAAACGGGCCUACGGGGACAGUACUGUGGACAAGUCGCGAUGCCAAUAUUGCAGGUACUCUGGUCGGCGCACAAAGGGGCGUUGAGGUUACAUCUAUGGAAUCUGACGAAGCUAUCGAACUUCUGGAAGUAAUGAGAAAUAAGAAAGCCAGUUUUGGAGAACUUGACGAUAUUGAAAUGCUUAUUGGGGAACUGGAGCGGUUUCCGCUUGCUAUCUCUCAAGCUGGUGCAUAUAUGCGGCGAAUGCAGAUGACUGCUUCCGGCUACCUGUCUUUGCUUCGAGAAAGCAAACGCCGAUGGAAUACCCUUAAGACCACUGGAUUCGAUCGGCAUAGAAGGCCUGAAAUGCCCAAUAGUGUACUUGACACGUGGACUGUCUCAAUGGAACGAAUUCAUAGUGAGAACAGAACGGCUUACCAAGUUCUCCAUAUCAUCGCUUAUCUAGACAACCAAAAUUUGCCGCACGAGUUAAUUUUAAAAAUCAGCAAGUACAGCAACGAGGAUACGACUAGGCAGCUAGAAGAAUUGGAAGUGACAUCUGCAAUCAGGCGGCUCCAAGAGUUCUCAUUCCUCAAGACACGCCAUAUUGAGGAUGGCGGUCCAAGCUAUGAGAUGCAUAAGCUUGUGCAAGAGGCAGCAAGAUACAGGCUAACACUGCGAGGCCUUCAGGGAAUACCUGCGCAAGGAACUUUGAUGCAGACAGAACCAAGCGAUGAGGUAUAUUACACAGGAAUUGCCUUGCAGGCAUUGUCAGAACUCUUUCCAACUUCAAAGCCAGAGUCGUGGGGACAGUGUGAGAGGUAUUUGGCUCAUGCUAUAGGAAUGGGGGUCUGGGCAGAAAUAAGUAAGAGGGAGGCCGACACCUCUGAACUUUUGAGCAAAGCGUCUGGGUAUUUAUAUGACCGAGGGCGUUGGAGAGAGAAAGCGCUCGUGGACCAGAGAGCGCUAGAACUAAGACGAAAAGCCCUCGGGGAGCGACACCCACAUACGCUUGAAAGCAUAGCUUCACUUGCAGCAGCAUAUCAUUACCAGGGUCAGCAUGAGAAUGCCAAAGCUUGUUACAAAGAAGCCAUAGAACUUCGGCAACAGACACUUGGAGAGAAGCAUCCAGAUACCCUUCGGGCUAUGGCUUUACUUGGAACAGUAUACCAAAGCCAUGGUCAGUAUAAGGAGGCCGAAGCUAUUUAUAAGAAAACUAUGGAAAUUCAGCGGGAAGUACUUGGAGAGAAGCACAUAGAUACGAUUUUCAGCUUCGCUUCAAUUUCAGCAAUAUAUCACUACCAGGGUUAUUAUGAGAAAGCCAAACCUAUGAAGAUGAGAACUUUAGCUCUCCAACGGGAGAUACUUGGCGAGAAACAUCCAUUAACGCUUUGGAAUAUUGGAUCCCUUGCAGCGACAUGCCAGGGCCUGGGCCAGUAUAAAGAAGCCAAAGCUCUCUAUCAGGAAACUCUGGAUCUUCGUCGGGAAACGCUUGGCGAGAACCACCCAGACACGCAGCGGAGUAUAACCCAACUCGGGGCUAUAUAUUGCGAUAUGCACAACUAUAAACAGGCUGAAGCUCUUGCUAAAGAAGCGCUAGAAAUUGGUCAAAAGAUGCUGGGAGAGGAACACCCUUAUACUCUCCAAUCCAAGCAUAACCUAGCCGUUGCAUUACGCAGUCGCGGUCGUCGUAAUGACGCUCUUACUUUAAUGCAAGAAUAUUGA